AUGAAUCACAAGAACAUCACUCAAGUCUCUGAAUUCUUCCUCCAUGGCUUUGGAGUUCAGCCAGAAGUCCAAAGACUUCUCUUCCCACUCUUUCUCUCCAUGUAUCUAUUUACCCUCUUGGGGAAUGGAACAAUUAUCUUGUUGGUCCACUCCGAUAUGCAGCUCUUCCAUACCCCCAUGUACUUCUUCCUCAGCCACCUUGCCCUCGCUGAUUUGGGGCUUGCCACUGCUGUUGUCCCCAAGGCACUACAGAACUUGUGGUCUCAGAAAAAGACCAUCUCCUAUCAUGGAUGUUUGGCCCAGUUAUAUUUCUACAUCAUUUUUGGCAACACAGACUCUUGCCUUCUGGCUUUCAUGGCCUAUGACCGUUACGUGGCCAUCUGCUGCCCACUGAAAUAUUCUACUAUUAUGAGUAACAAACGUUGCUUCCAACUGGUGACCUUGUCCUGGGCUAUCUCCUUUUUUCACUCGUUGAUUUAUACCAUGUUAAUGUCUCGUGUUGACUUCUGUGAUCCUGGGGAAAUCCCUCAUUUUCUUUGUGACAUUUACCCUGUUCUUGAUGUCUCUUGCUCUGACACCACAGUCAUAGAUCUAUUAAUGAUGACCGAGGGGGUAGUGGAGGUUCUAGGACAAUUUGUGCUCGUUAUGAUGUCCUAUGUGUUCAUCUUCUACGCCAUCAUAAAGAUGCCAUCUGCCACCAGAAAGCGCAAAGCUUUCUCUACUUGCAUAUCCCAUAUUUGUGUAGUAGUCUUGUUCUACGCCACUGUUAGCUUUGUCUACUUCAAGCCAAAUUCCAAACUCCCGGAACGCAAGGACAUGGUGGCUGCUAUGAUGUAUACUAUGGUAACCCCCCUGCUGAAUCCUUUCAUCUAUACCCUCAGGAACAAUGAGAUUAAGGCAGCUAUGAAGAGAGUCUUUAGGAAGCAUUUUUAUUAA